AUGUCGCAAGAACUAGACGAACUAAAGAUGACCGUAUCGACGAACUCACCACUGCCGUUCAGUUCGCAAGAGACUGGGGAUGAACUCGCGAAAUGGGAUUAUAUCGACAGAUCUACAAGGUUUUAUAACGCUCUUUCUGGUCUUGUAAAGCAAAAAGAGGUUGUAAGGAUAGUUGACGUCGAAGGUGGAAAUGCACUUGUGAGUGGGCGCGCCUAUACCACGGAGAGACAAAUUGGUCAGAAGUUCGGUCUCUACAGCACCCUCAAGUCGUCCAUAGAGCGUCAGCACCGCAGCUCAGGCACUUCAAGUCAGACGUGCGACUCCUGUCGAGCAAAAGGCCAGACAAAGCGGGAGCAGGAUAGUCCCAAAAUUAGUCAGCAAAUCAGAACUUGGAUCCCACUGAUUUACCUUCAGCCUCUCAAUUUGAAGGCGAAGUUGGUGGAAAAAGCCAUAGAUACACGCAAGUAUGUGCUUUCCGUCUGGGAGGAUUACGUAAAGGAGACUGCCCAAGCCGUUAUGAACCUACUUUACGUUACCUUGAGACACUGGAGUAAGGAAAAGAUGGAUGUUGACUAUGGGACGAUCAACGGUGAUAUGAAGCACAGUUUGAAAAAUUUCUUCAGAUCCCUCGAAGGCAGCCUCAGUAAUGAUUGGGAGUGCGAAAUACAUUACGAGCUAAUUUUGCAGCAACUUCGCCUACUGCAGUGCGGUGAUAGCCCAACAAACGAAAAAUCUCAAGCUGAAGUUGAAGAAGUCACGGACGAGGAAAGGACUGAACGGGUUGGACAAUUAAUGCUGGAACGACGAAUAAUAUUUCGUCUGCUGGAGCAGCAUCAGAUGAUGAUGCAGGCAUUUGAGGCUGCCAAGGCAGGUCUACCGAAAUCUAAUGUGGGAUCGCCACUUCAGCUAGGGGGAUGCUAGGGGAGACUCGACGUGCCUCUCAAGUGUGCGAUGAGUGAGACAAGUUUGCUGUCUCCACCACCGCCAUUCGACAAGCCGCCAGCGCCGCUCCGACAGAAGACAAGCAGUCUGUCAAAGAAACUAGAGAGUGCGGAGAGAAUAGAUAAACAAUACGGCAGCGAGCCCUGCAUCCUUGAUGCAAUGGCAUGUCGACGGCACCAUGCGCAUGCAUUGACACACAGCGGACGCUACCGAUCGGCGGACCUCUCGCUGAAGGGCCUCGACAAAUGCUCAAGAUUACGCGCACGCUCCUUUGGACAGGGCUCCAAGUCUCUCCCACGCACCUCCUACCCACUACCAGUGAUGAAGCAGUCGCCACCCGUUAAACUUGCCGUCGUUCAUCCAGGUGGGAACCUUCUAUCGUGCACCACUUUAUCAAGCUCCAAAUGCAUGGAACGCGAACUCUUCCUCCCAGAGUACCUGGCGUCUCGCAUUUAUCAGGUCCUUCUGAGGCAUGUGUUAGGCAAUAAAGUGAAUUUGGUGCACUUGUCACUUGCAGUCGGAGGAAUGGACGCAGGCCCUGAAGUUGGAUACGUGGUGAUAAUGCGACCAAGCUUCCGUGAGCGCAUCACCACCGUUUUGGACACUCGGCGCCGCAAGCGCGUCUCCAUCCACGCUGCUAUCGAGCGCGGUAUCGCUGGAUUCGAGGGCGGUGACACGGGGACAGAGGAGGCGGAGGAAAAGCUGAGCGAAAAUGAGCAAAAAGAGCGAUUCUUUGUUUACGACACAGCUCACGGCACUAAACUCAAUUUUUGUCAAGCUCUCAAGGAUGGAAUCAUUCACUACGACUCUUCAGCCACUGAGAGUAUCGUCUUUGAUGAAUAUGCAAAGUUAGUUCUCGACCAUAGCCAUUUUCAUCGGAAAGCCUCCAACUGUGCUGCAAAUUGCUAUUUUUCUAGAUCGGAGUGGCGUGGAGUAAAGUCAGUCUACCACCCUCUGGUGUAUCGGGUGGAGCAGGUGCGCGAGGUGAUUGAGCGUGGAGGAAAGCUGAUUCGGCAGAAGCACAAUUGGAUCCCAUUCCACCGAGCCGUGGAGACGGGUCGCCUUGACCGACGCACCGCCGAAUACGUGGUUCGCACCGGUGGUGAUGGUGACAAAUGGGGUGAAGAGGUUCUGCGCCUUCCCUUCUCUAAGGCGCUUGCCUAUGGGCUGGUCAAAGUAGUACCGCUGCGCCACUGCCUAAUUGAGAAAUUGCCUCGUGAUAAGUGCAUAUUCGCUUGA